AAACGCUCCUUCCUCUCUGUCUCUCUCUCUCUCAUUCGAGACUCUUCCCUCUCCAAGAAAGCUUUCGAUGUUUCGAGACGAUUAUUCGGCGAUGAUGGGACCUAAUCGGCCUAUCUCAACGCCGUGGUCGCGAGGCCAGGACAAGCAGUUCGAGCAAGCGCUCGUAGUAAUUCCCGAGGGGACGCCGGAUCGGUGGACGAAGAUCGCCGCGCAAGUGCCGGGGAAGAGCCUGUGGGAGGUACGGGAGCACUACGAGGCGCUGGUGCACGACGUGUCGGAGAUCGACUCGGGCCGGGUCGAGGUGCCGAGUUACGCGGGCGAAUUGGUCGACUCGGACUGGGUCGACUCGGAUCUUGAUCGGUCGGGUCAGAGUCAGAUCUCGUUCGGAGGCGGAAAGGGGAAAACAAGCGAGGUUACGGAGAGGAAGAAAGGGGUGCCGUGGACGGAGGAGGAGCACAAGCUAUUCCUAAUUGGGCUACAGAAAUAUGGGAAAGGAGAUUGGAGGAGCAUUUCCAGGAACGCAGUGGUUUCAAGAACACCAACUCAGGUGGCUAGCCACGCCCAAAAGUACUUCCUCCGUGUUAACUCUGUCAAGAAAGAUAAGAAAAGGGCCAGCAUCCAUGACAUCACAACCGUCCAUAGUGGCCAGGCGGAGCAACCGAAUGACCCAAGUUGGGUGGACACAUCUUCUGGAAUGCCUCAUGGCCCGCCGGAGAUGAUGGGCCAACAACCCAAGUUGGUUGAAAGAGCAUAUCUGGGCCAAUCCACUGACCAAGGUCCUUAUGGAUACAAUCCUUUUGGAUAUCGGAGGUGAAAAGAAAAGGAAUUCCGUGAAAGAGAGGCAUUUACUUCAUCAAAUUGUACAUAAAUCUCUUGUUUGGUCCAUCAUGUAUAUAUUGUACAUUUGAGUGCAAAUACUGAAAUUAUGGAAAAACUUGGACAACGAAAUAUCUCGGAAUGGAUCUAAUCAGAACACAUGGAAGUUCUGAUA